AAUGUAGGCCGGUUUCGGCGAUGAACAGCAAUAGUGCUCGAUGGUUGCUUCCAUAGAGCCAUGAUUCAUUGUCCGGUGGCCGCGUAGGAUGAAGGCCCACUGUUUGCAGGUAGCGCCGUCGUACCUGGUUUAGACCAGGGCAUGUCCGCAACAGGUGUUUGAUUGUUGCUGUUGUUAAAGCGUAAAGUUUGGUGACAAGAAGUACGCGACUUUUAGCAGUCAGUAGAUAGAAAAAGGGAAAAAAAACAGAAGAGCUAAAGGAAAGUUAACCCGCGUCUCACGACGGUUGCGUACUUCCUCGUCGUCUUCGCGAUAUCCACAUGAAGCGUCAAUAAUCCGUCGGGAGUAACCAGAAGAGACCGCGAUCGGCCAUCGGCACUGCCAUCGGCAUUCGGGAACGUGCAGAACGCGCACACGCCUCUCGCGCUACGCGUGUCGCGCGAGCGAGCGUUCCAUGCGGUUAAGACACGCAGCCCUUGGGACACGUAGCCAUUCCACUCGAUUCGCUCGUCCCCGUCGGACGCAACCGAGCCUGGGUCCCGAGCGAGCCAAGCUGCUAACCCUUGCCCGAGUUCCGAGCGCCUACCUCCCCCCUCCCGCUGUCGUCCAGCAGCGGCCAGGAUGUCCAUCGUCAUGGUGGGCCCGUUCCCGGGCCCGUUCGACAGGACGCACUACUCGGACUCGUCCGGCGAGAACCAGACGGACCCCCAGCAGUCGCGCCCGCCCAAGGCUCAAGCCCCCGCCCCGCGGCAGCCGGGACCGCACCUCGGGAUGCUGCUGGAGCAGGAGCCAUCCAGGACGCCGGGAGCACCCCACGACGGAGUCGCUUACAGCGCGGUGAUGCAGACGGACUCCGGAGCGCCUUCGCCGGCGCCGACGUACCAGGAGCCGCUACCCGAGUCGCCACCAGAGCCUCCCAGACCACGUCGCGCGGCGUCUUUAGCGAAAAGCAAAUGCUACGCCCUGCUGUGCCGCCUGGCGGUGGCCGCCCUGGGUCUGGCCGCGGUCGCAAUCCUGGUGGGCGCGGUGUCCAGGGGCGUGCGCGGCGGCGUCAACACCGACACGGCACCGGUCAAGGCCGGAAACGUGGCGGUCAAGGCCGCCAACGCCACGGGCCGCAAGAACACCGCUUGCCCGUGCAGCGCGUCUUCCACGACCCAUGCGACGCCCGCCGCUGUCAAGGGACCCAACGGUCACGGCACGGUCCCACCGCCAGGAGCGACACGUCACCACAAGCGCCGCGGAGGGACCGGCCACGGCCCGAGGGCGGGCCAAUCGUCAUCGUCGUCGACGUCGUCGUCGCCGUCGUCGUCGUGGUUACCGACGACGACCGAGGACGCGUGGCCGACGACCCAGGCCGCAGACCGGGGGGUGCCCCCCGAGCCGGCGCUACGCGACGUCGGCGAUUUGACGCCGUCGGGGCAGCGCACCGUCCCGACGACCUCCGGACCAACGCGGACAUCGGAGGGCGCCGCUGCCACGGCCGCGACUUCGACGUCGCAGACGGCGACGGUGGAGGCAUCCGGUGAGGCGGCGGGUCUUGCCGGUGAGACGACCGGACGCAUCAAGCGGGGCCGCCCAAGCAGCCUGGGGCCCACGCCGGCGGCAUCGCCCCGUGCGACCGCGUCGCCGGGAUCACCUCCGGGCGCAAUGAUCGCCCAGGACGGGUCCGUGCCGGUGGCCACCACCACCGCCAGCACGGACCUGCCCGAGGUGAUCAACGAAGCCGACGCCCGCACCGACCUCCAGGAGGUGUAGGGGGUCGGCCAGGCAGAGGGUGCUGGGGCCGAGCACUCCGUGAAGACCCUGCGGUAGCGGCUCGGCCCCGCGGUUUCGACCGCGUCGAUUUCGACGCCCGAGAGCAGCGGUGCGGCUGCCGCCUCGGGCGACCAGGAGGCCCGGCUACCACGGCCGGCUAGCCGGGCCUCUUCGAUUUUGUAUUAUAUCGUGUUGUAAAUAUAAAGUAUUACUGCGUCGA